CAGAGCCAGAGUUCCCGCUGUCUGCUCUGCGCCAUUUUCCGUCUCUAUUCUCUCAACCUCGAACGACACUUCAACACCUGGAUCUGAAUUAUUGUCGACAUUGUUACCUCAUCGCCAAGGUGGCUCGGACGUUGUGAAUCUCCGUGUUCCAUCUCACCUGCUCCACCUCGAAAGCUUGUACUUCAGUAUCGAACAAGGAUUACAACGGCCGGCUUCCGAACGGCGUGGACUUGGGGCCGUUGUCGACUGCGAGACAUCUUCCAACCACUUCGCGUGUCACCUAUACCUCUCUACCUGACCCACGACGACAUGCUCGACUUAAUCUUCUCGGUCACUGGACGCUCGAGUUAACAUCAUCAACGUAUGGUGCAGGCUGGACCUCGACCGACGGUACACCCCCCCACCGAUUAACCAAAGUGAGCCGGCUUAUCUCACCUCCAAAAGAUGGCGUCCUUCCUCAAUAAGGACCGCAGCGCUGGCCGCAGCAGCAAUACGAUGACCACCAACAGCUACGAUCCAAUGCGAGCGAAACUCACGCUGUCCACCCGCAGCCUCAGAUCAACAUCGAGUCUGCCUCUAGCAGACGGAUACACUGGUGAAGAGACAUCCCCACAAGAGACGCGUCGGUCGAACGCACGGAGGGAUACGAUGAUGUCUCACACGUCGAAUAAUUCGCUCAACAAGACCUCACACGCAAAACUCCACAAGCGAGGGAGCUCGAAUGGAUCCUCGUCACCUUACACCAGCACGUUUCCAACACCAUACGCUACGUAUGAGGAGCCAAUGAACGAUACCUCAAAGAGCACUCGAUCGACCGCGGCAACGAAGAUCAAACCAUACCUCAAAAAGUCAUCGUCUACAAAGGAAGAUCAAGGAAUAAUCGAUUUGUCGAAGAGCGCGGCUGAGAAUGAGAGACUUGCUGGACUGGGCAUACAACAAGACCUCUCGACGAAGCUGGCGUCUGAAGUCACCUUUGUGCACAACCGGAGGCAGAAGCAUGGACGGAAUACAAGCAAUGGCUCGCAGGGAUCGAAUGGAUCGGGAACAUAUCGACCUGGUCAGACGUUCACACAUCCCAUGGCCAAGGUGCCGCAACCAUAUACACCGCCUACCGGGCCAUCGUAUCCCUCGUCGUUGGACAAUGAGGAAGCGAAUGAAAGUGACGAUGUCGUAGAGGACGAGUUCCGGGUGGGCAAUGCCGCAUUCCGCAAUCGCAGAAGCAUGUCCAUAAACUCGACAGGAUACGCGAACCCGACUCCGCUCUCGCAAACGUACACCGCCAGCAGCAUGAUGAUGGCACCCAAGCACAGCCAAUCCCACACCGACUUGUCGAUGAUGUCCAGUCAGUCGGAUAAAUCGAAGACGCUCCGGAAUACAGACUUUGCCGACCCGUCUCCUCCCUCCCGCACGAGCUUCGACGUCGCCCGCAGCUUUGUCUCCCGUCGCUCCGAUGCAGAACCGCCAUCGCGCGAUGAGCUGAUUCGCGCCGCACGGAAGAAGUUUGAAGAAAAGGAAGCAUCAAAGACGCAAAAGGACGAGAAACGUCGAGAGCGACAACGGCGGAAGUCGAUGACCGAGUCAAAGCCGCGGGUGGAUGGAAAGAAGGAUGCCGAGCAAUCAUCGUCGGGUGGCUCAUCAAAGCAGGAAAAGAAACAGAAAUCUAGAAGGAAGUCAAACGCCAAAGCGGGCGCCUCUCGCGAGGACGAGGACAGGAAUGACGAAAGGCUCCACGCCAAAAGUUACGAAGACUACAGACCGGCGAACGCGGCUUCACUGCCAAUCUAUGGAGAUGCGCCGGGUGAGUCGGAGAAGAAAGGAUACAUUUUAGAUGAAAAGGAGAAGAAGAAGAAACCGACGAAGAGUACGAAGACGCCCACAGCGGACCACAAUUGGCUGCGAUUCUCGACGUGGGUUCAGACGAGGAUGUUGAGUUGUGGAAAUCGGAAUUGA